GUGGACGAACGCAUCCGAACUCUCAUCGAAAACGGCGUCAAAACCAGACACCGCUCCAUGUUCUUCAUUAUCGGCGACAAAUCUCGUGAUCAGAUUGUGAAUCUUCACUACAUGCUUACUAAAGCUGUUGUCAAGUCAAGGCCAAGUGUUCUAUGGUGCUACAAGGACAAACUUGAACUUAGCAGUCACAAGAAAAAACGUGCGAAACAAGUCAAAAAGUUAAUGCAGAGGGGACUAUUAGAUCCUGAGAAGGUUGAUCCUUUUUCACUUUUUGUUGAAACUGGAGGAAUUACAUACUGCCUGUACAAAGAUUCAGAAAGAGUUCUCGGAAAUACUUUUGGCAUGUGUAUACUACAGGAUUUUGAGGCUUUGACACCAAAUCUCCUUGCAAGAACGAUUGAAACAGUGGAGGGGGGUGGAUUAAUUAUACUGCUACUUCGUUCUUUAUCCUCACUCACAAGUCUGUGCACCAUGGUUAUGGAUGUUCAUGAGAGGUUUCGUACAGAAUCCCAUUCUGAGGCUACUGGACGUUUUAAUGAACGUUUCUUACUGUCGAUUGCUUCAUGUAAAGCAUGUGUAGUUAUGGAUGAUGAACUGAAUAUUCUACCGAUUUCUUCUCAUAUGAAGUCAAUUAAACCAUUUUCAGUCAAUGAGGACUCUGAGGGUCUCUCGGAAGCGGAGCGUGAUCUGAAGAAUCUGAAAGAGCAACUAAAUGAUGAUUUUCCUGUUGGUCCUUUAAUUAGAAAGUGUUGCACAUUGGACCAGGGAAAAGCUGUCAUUACAUUUCUUGAUGCAAUUUUGGAUAAGACACUUCGUAGCACAGUUGCUUUGCUUGCUAGUCGUGGCCGUGGCAAGUCAGCUGCACUAGGUCUAGCAAUUUCUGGAGCUAUUGCUGCAGGGUAUUCAAAUAUCUUUGUAACUGCACCCAGCCCCGAGAACUUGAAAACUUUGUUCGAGUUUGUAUGCAAGGGAUUUAAUGCACUUGAAUAUAAGGUAUGCAUGUUUUGUGUCCCUUCUGUCUGAGUAAUGAAAUGCUUU